AUGCCACGCGCGGAGACCGACGAGUCGAGCGGUCAGGUGCAAACCUACGGUCCCGACGUGGAUUUGGCCUUGGUGAAGAUCGAAGAGUCCGUCGAACAAGACUUCUGGGCCCGGACGCCCGAGACCGGACGAGUUCCACCGGCGGGGUGGUUAGCCGGGGCCGCCGUAGCGGAUGCCCCACCAGUAGAGCUGGCAGAAGCACUGCCGGCCCUGCAGGAGACGGUGCGUGCGCUCGGCUUUCCCACAGGCGGGCGGACCUUGUGUAUCACCGAAGGGGUCGUGUCCCGGGUGGACUCCAUCGAAUUGACUCCACCGGCGGAUACCACGCUGGUGAUUCAGAUCGAUGCGGCCAUCAACCCUGGCAAUAGCGGAGGCCCUGUCUUUGACAGUCGAGGCUAUAUCACUGGGGUGGCCUUUUGCAAGGAUGUGCGGAACUGCACUGACAACAUCGGUUACGUGAUCCCUGCGGCGGUCGUGCGGACCUUCUUAGAUCGCUGUGGCAAGGAGCGCGAUGGCUACACGCUCUCACCCUCCGUGCCAUAUCGAUGGCACAAGCUGGAGAAUCAGUCGCUGCGGGCGGCACACAAGGUGCCGCACGAGAUCAGCGGAGUGUUGCUGACCAGCGUCGCGCCCUUCUUGGAGGGCUCCUUGAAGGUCAGUGAUGUCCUCAUGAAGAUCGACGGUCGCACCAUCAGCGAUGACGGCCAGAUCGAGCUUAGAGGCCAUGAACUCAUCCAACACAGGUACCUCUUGCGUAACAAGGGCAUCGGCGACAAGACCACCUUCGUGGUCUUCCGCGAGGGCCAAAAGGUGGAGUGUCCUCCAGUGGAGCUCAAGGACUUGCCACCCAUCUGCCCUCGCUGGCCGGAUGUGGAUUAUCUUCCAGAGUAUGUGAUCCUCGGGGCACUGGCGCUGGUGCCUUUGGCGCAGGGUCACCAUUGGUACAAGGAGUGCCCGGUGGAACUGAAGUCCACCAUCGACCGGUGGAACAAACGUUGGCCUGGCGACCGCGAUGGGCGGGAGCAGCUGGUGCUCUUGGUCACGGUCUUUGCCCAUGAGCUCACCUUCGGUUACAAUCGUGGGUGGCGCGUGGUGGAAAGCUACAACGGCACGCGCAUCACGUCGCUGCGUCAUGUGCGCGACUUGUGGCGGGAGACGCACCUGGGCCGAGAAGCGCUUGUUGUUCCCGCCCUGGGGCGGAUGGAGUUGGAAGGUUGCAGCCACAAACUACAACACCCGGCAAAGAAAGUAGAUAAGUUAUCUUAA